AUGGGUGUUUCAACCACACAAAGCGCUCGUGAAAACGGCUCCGUUCCAAACGCCACUUCCAAGCAGCAACAGCAACAAAACGAGCUCGACAUUGAGCAUGUCCUGACACAAUUGACGAUCGAGGAGAAGGUUUCUCUGACAGCGGAUCCGCGAUGCAGAGACUUCUGGCACACUGUAGCUGUCCCACGACUGAAUAUCCCUUCCGUUCGACUUUCUGAUGGUCCCAAUGGUGUGCGCGGCACGUGCUUCUUCGACGCCAUUCCCUCAACAUGCCUUCCUUGCGGCACUGGUCUCGGUGCAACUUUCGACAAAGAGCUUCUACAGAGAGUCGGAGGUCUCUUGGCCGAUGAGUGUAAGGCUAAGGGUGCUCAUAUGCUCCUCGGUCCCACGAUAAACAUUCCUAGAGCACCUCUCGGUGGUCGCGGGUUCGAAUCUUACUCGGAAGACCCAUAUCUUGCUGGUAUCCUCGCUGGCUACUACUGUCAGGGUGUCCAGAAUAAGGGCAUCGUUGCGUGUCUCAAGCAUUUCGUCUGCAACGACCAGGAAGACCAACGCAUGGCUUUCAAUGCCAUUGUUACUGAGCGAGCUCUGAGAGAAAUCUAUCUGGCUCCCUUCCAGAUCGCUCUCAAACAAUGCCAGGCAGGCACCAUCAUGACGGCGUAUAAUCAGAUUAACGGCAUCCACGCAGCCGAGAAUGAGCAUAUCCUGGAGGACAUUCUCCGAGGCGAAUGGGCUUGGGAUGGACUUGUCACCAGCGAUUGGUUUGGAACAUAUAGCACGACUGAAGCAAUCAAGGCUGGUCUUGACCUUGAGAUGCCUGGUCCGUCACGCUGGCGUGGUGAGGCUCUGAUGCAUGCUGUCACUGCCAACAAAGUCAAGAAAAGCGAGCUCAACGACCGCGUUCGCGCUAUACUCAGACUCGUCAACUCAGGUAUACGCUCAGGUAUCCCUGAGAACGCCCCUGAACUUCGCCUUGAUCGACCCGAAGACAGAAUACUGGCUCGUCAAGUCGCAGCACAAUCUCAAGUACUCUUGAAGAACGAAGAGCAGAUCCUGCCCCUGGAUAUAAACAAGCGCAUCGCUGUGAUUGGACCGAAUUCGAAGAUUGCAACCAUCUCUGGCGGCGGAAGCGCUUCGUUGACACCCUACUACACAGUGACUCCCUUCGAAGGUGUGUCGGCCAAAGCUGCUGCUGGUGUGGAUUGGGCUCAAGGAGUCUAUAGCCAUCAGUUUUUACCUACCAUUGGUGAGCACAUGCUCAAGCUAUAUAACGAUCCACCUGACGCUGAACACCGCGAGUUGCUUGAGGAAAGAGUACUCACCAAUUCCAAUGUCCUCUUUGCUGGCUUCGAUCGUCAGGAUCUGGCAUACAUCUGGCAUGCUGAUGCCGAGGGAAUCUUUACAGCACCAGAGAGCGGCCUCUACGAUUUUGGUCUCGCUGUCUACGGUACCGCACGUCUAUACGUUGAUAACGAACUCAUUGUCGACAAUGUAGAGAAUCAACGUGCAGGACCUACCUUUAUAGGCUGCGGUACAGUCGAGGAGACAGGUACCAAAGAGCUGGUCGCUGGCCAGGAGUACAAGAUAUUCCUUCGAUGGGCAAGCGCCAACUCCAGUACCAGAGUCAAGCCCGAUGGGGUUGUUCUGUUUGGCCACGGCGGUUUCCGCUUUGCUGUCGACCAAGUCGUGCUCUUCACGGGGUUGAGCGGCGAGUGGGAAAGCGAAGGUCAAGAUCGCCCUCACAUGAACUUGCCACCCUCAAAUGAUGAUCUCAUCUCGGCAGUUCUCGAUGCUAAUCCCAACACUGUCAUUGUUGUGCAAAGCGGUACCCCCAUCGCGAUGCCAUGGGCCGACAAAGCCAAAGCAAUCGUGCAAGCUUGGUUUGGCGGUAACGAAGCCGGUAACGGCAUCGCGGAUGUGCUUUACGGUGAUGUCAACCCAAGUGGGAAGCUUCCUCUGACCAUGCCUCGUCGUCUUCAGGACAAUCCCGCCUACCUAAACUACAGGUGCGAGGGUGGACGAACUCUCUAUGGCGAGGACAUAUAUGUUGGUUAUCGCUGGUAUGAGAAUGUCGAGAUCGCGCCGCUUUUUCCAUUCAGCCAUGGCUUAUCAUACACAUCCUUCAGGACAAGCGAUCUUCGAUUACGCCAGAGUGAGUCGUCGAGCCUCAGUAUCAGCUGUCAGGUCACAAACACUGGCAUCAGAGCAGGCGCUCAAGUUGUUCAGCUUUACGUCGCAGCACCGAGGUCGCAACAUGUUGGAGAAACGGAAGAGGUCAACAUGAGCUUGGACUUGGUACAAGCAACCAGCUAUUGGGACGAGAUCGAGAACAAGUGGUGCAGUGAGGCCGGCACCUAUAAGAUCAUGGUGGGAGAUAGCAGUGCGGCUACAGACUUUAUGGUAGGAGAGGUCACAGUCGACGAAACGACUUACUGGUCGGGUCUGUGA